AAGUGAGGUGGCAUAUGGAGAUAAGAUUUCUAUAUCAUGGCCUCCAUACAUCCAUGUCAUCAUGCCUUUGGGAAUCACUCCAAGAGAUUGAUUUUCUAGUGAUAUUAUAGUCUUCACCCUUAAUUUUUUUCCCUUAUUUUUUCCUUGAAAGAAUAGUAAAUAAAAAUCCUUCGGAAGCCAGGAGAAAAAGAAAAAAAGAGAGUCAGGGGAUCACAUGGAGUGAGUAGGGUUAAAAACUUUGGGUAUAAGCGAGGUAGCAUAAUCAGAUCUUGUGGAGGCUAUUAUCCUCAAACUUGUCACAGCUCUUGCAAAACAAGGAAGGAGGGCAGGAAACUGCCUGCGAUUAGACUCUUCUGCAACUCUUUGGAGGGCUUAUCCAAAAAAUUUCGAUCACAAUGUCCUCUGCAGAGAAGUCAAAUGCGUCUGAUAGCAAAAAGGCAAAGGCACAGGCACCAAAAUCUGCUUCAAGUAGUGGACAAGGAACUGCGACAUCAGAGCCAGAAAAGGGAAUGCCAUCAAAUGCAUUUGAUUUCUCUGCAAUGUCUGGCCUGCUGAAUGAUCCAAGCAUCAAAGAAUUAGCUGAGCAGAUUGCAAAGGAUCCUGCAUUCAAUAAGAUGGCCGAGCAGUUGCAACAAAGUGUGCAUGGUGCAGGACAAGACAGUGCUCCACAGCUAGAUACACAGCAGUACUUCUCUACAAUGCAGCAAGUUAUGCAGAAUCCUCAAUUCAUGAACAUGGCUGAGCGGCUUGGUAGUGCUCUUAUGCAGGAUCCAUCAAUGUCUAGUAUGUUAGAGAGUCUUGCAAAUCCUACUCACAAAGAGCAGUUGGAGGAACGCAUGGCACACAUUAGGGAUGACCCAGCUUUGAAGCCUAUACUUGAGGAGAUUGAGACUGGAGGUCCAGCUGCAAUGAUGAAAUACUGGAAUGAUCCAAAUGUGUUGACCAAGUUAGGGCAGGCUAUGGGUGUUGGGAUUCCGGGUGACAUUCCUGCCUCCAAUGAGGCAACUAGUGCAGAAGAAAUUGAAGAGGAAUAUGGGUAUGAGGAGGAAGAUGAGCCUACUGUCCAUCACGCGGCUAGUGUUGGUGAUGUUGAGGGAUUGAAGAAUGUCCUUUCAAGCGGUGCGGAUAAAGAUGGGGCAGACUCAGAAGGUCGGACAGCCCUGCACUUUGCCUGUGGGUAUGGUGAGGUAAAAUGUGCUGAGGUGCUUCUUGAAGCUGGAGCAACUGUUGACGCCCUUGAUAAGAACAAGAAUACUGCCCUUCAUUAUGCAGCUGGCUAUGGACGCAAGGAGUGUGUAGAACUUCUAUUGAAGAAUGGCGCUGCUGUGACACUUCAAAAUUUGGAUGGGAAGACCCCCAUAGAUGUCGCUAAACUGAAUGAUCAGAAGGAGGUUUUGAAGCUUCUUGAGAAGGAUGCAUUUUUGUAGGUUUAGAAAACUGAUGUCUACUAUUGAACUGUAUAAACAACAGUAUCGUAUUUUUAGUUAGUUAGGAGUUUGUAUUUGUCCACAAUGUGUGGUUCCUACCCGGUGAAAUGACGUGUAUGGGUUUUAAGAAUUUUAAGUAGCCGAAUGCUGCAAUUUAUUUGUGCCUGCACAUAGUGUGGAUUGAUUUGGGAUCCACUUCUUUGAAUAUUUAUUAUUCUCUAAACUUUCAAAAAAUAAUAUGUUUUUUA